GGCGAAUUGACCGGUUUUGGUUUGAGAAAAUACAAUGAUGCUGCCUUUAAUCCCUGAUAUCUUUGUGAUUGUUUGCCUGCUGAUGCUGCAGAGCCAGGCCUUUAUCACCAGAGAAAUCAUAGUGACUGAACACGUGACCUUCCCCUGUACCUGCUCUGGAAAUUGUCCGGUGGUUCAGUGGAUGCGCUUUAUUCCCAGUAAAGUCGUUAUCGCAAGAAUUUCCACGUGUCAAAGUGAACAGCAUUGUCAGAAAAGAUUUGCCGUAUCAGGAGACACUAACAGAGGGGAUUUCUCCCUGACAAUCGCUUCAGUAUUUUACAAUGACAUCGGCUCCUACAGGUGCACCUGUAAUGGAACAUCAGUUACUGAAGUUAAAUUGAAGAUUUUAGUUCCGACAGUUGUAAAGGCUUUCAAAGGGGAAAACGUCACACUGCCGUGCUACGGAGACACUCGGAAUGAUGUUAAAGAUGUAAAGUGGAAGAAAGCCGGACAAAAGGUUCUGCUGUACUGUACGGCUAACAGAUCAGUGACUACAUCAGAACCUCGAUUUUCAUUAUCAGAAGACUUUCUCCAUGGUGAUCUCUCUCUUCAUAUCAGUUCAGUUCACCAGUGUGAUGCAGGACUUUAUCAGUGUCUCAUCCAUGAUGAAUCUCAGGAAGGAGAACCAAAAGCUGUUCUACUGGAGGUAAAAGGGCAACAACAAUCAACAACCACGAACAAUGCAGUUUCAAUACUGUGUGCGCUACUAGGAUUGAUCAUUUUGGUAGGAAUCAUCGGACUAAUCAUUGGCAUUGUAAGAAGAUGCUGUAAAUCCAGGACCCCAGGACGCCACUAAAUUUACAGUGAGAUUUAAAGGCACUAAAUUUACCAUGGGAUUUUUUAAAUUAUA